CCACAGAACCACUCAGGCUUGAGAGACGCCUGCAGUUUAUUUGUUUUGUUUAUUCCACAAGCUAAAGGAAAGGAACAUAAUGCGAACAGAUACAGUGUUUAUGUCCAACACUUUGUAAGUUUAAAGUUAGAUUAUUUUUGCGGUUUUGUUUUACACAGCCGUCUUUCUUUCUGCGUCACCAAAACGCAAACGUUUAGCUUCGCCAGCUAGCCAGUGAGCUCUGGAAGUGUCUCUCUGUGUUUAGGAGUCAAACACAACAGAACACAACACAGCGGGUCCAUCUCUUCCUUUUGUUUAUGACUUGUGUUUAAGUUGCAACAAUGAACUCGAAGAACCUGAAGGCUUUUCUCGAGUCCUCUCUGAAUGAGAUCUUCAGGGCGACUGUGGAUAACAUCCUGGACUCUGUGGAUCAGACUCUGGCCGAGUAUCAGGGACAAAUUCGGCGGAUUACCUCUGAAAAUGAGACUCUGAGAGAAAAACUGCGUGCCCAGGAGGCUAUUCCAUGCCAGGUGAAAACAGCACAUGAGGAUCUUGAUGAGGACUUAAAUUCGGCCUUUCUUCAUCAUCCAAUUUUAUCUGGACAUAGGGGUCCAGGGAAAGCCCCUCAGAAACAGAGGGAAGAUUGGAGAACGUCAGCUGGAGGCUCUAGGCCUGUAUUACUGAAACCAAGCCCCCUUUCAUCUGACAGUGGAACGCAUCAGUUAGACGACGAAGUGCCAAGUACCACAGUACCUUACGUAAAGAUUGACCCCGACACUGAAGAUGAGGGCAGCCUGUUAAAACCUCAAUCUCCUGUUAACCUUACAACUAAGGUCAUUAAAGUAGAAGGGUCUGAGGAGAACUUCUCAGAAUGUUACACUGGCUCUUCAGCAGAUCACUCCAGAGGCAGUGAUGAUGAUGUUCAAGUAACCAUGGUGUCCAAGAAGCGCAUGAGCAGCACUAUGAGUGAAGAUGAAGUCAGCAAUAUGGGGCACCAUGAAUCCGAGAAGUCAGCACACAGCAUAUCUGAGGAAGAUAUGGAAGAUCCAACUGACGACGCUGUACUUGGUGUCUGUUUUGAUGAUGAUGGAUUGGCUUUAGAACCAGACAAGGGAUUUAUAGAAAUUUUUCAAUCAACAGAAUCGCCAACAUCGAAAGACUUGAAAGACAGCAAAACUUUCCAUUGCGCACUUUGCGAGAAGAGCUUCGGUCGCAUGGCGUCACUUAACAUACACAUGAGGAGUCAUAGCUCGGAAAGAGCUCACAUCUGUAGCUACUGCGGCAAGGGUUUUAGCCGAGCUGACCUUCUGAAGAGCCAUCAACGCACCCAUACAGGCGAGAGACCGUACUCCUGUAACCUGUGCGGAAAGAGUUAUGGUCAUCAGGGCCAGCUCCGGAUCCACAAACGAACCCAUACGGGUGAGAAACCCUACGCUUGCCCACAUUGCGCCAAGCGGUUUACUGAACACAACCAACUCAAAGUGCACCUCCGGACACACACGGGCGAACGACCAUACUCGUGCAGUGUCUGUGCCAAGACCUUCGCCAGCGCAGGCAACCUGAGGAUUCAUCUCCGGAUUCACAGCGGAGAAAAACCUCAUUGUUGUAGCCAGUGCGGGAAGAGGUUCAACAGUCAAGGCGACCUCAAAACACACCUGCGUGUACACACAGGUGAGCGCCCGUACCACUGCGAUCUCUGUGAAAAGACGUUCAGCCAGGCCGGCCACCUGAGCAUCCACAUGCGCAUGCACACGGGUGAGCGGCCAUACAAAUGCAUGAUAUGCGGACGCACCUUCACUGUGGCCAGCAGCCUCAAGCUCCAUCAGCUCACCCACACCGGAGAGAAGCUGCACACCUGCGGACGCUGUGAUAAAAGCUUCAGCAGGGCCAGCCAUCUGAAAAGACACGAGCAGCUCCACGUCAAAGAGGAUCCCGUACUCAUGGGUGCUGAUCAGUCUUUGCUGAUGGAAGACCACACGGUUCAUGAUGAAGAUGAAGUACAAAAUUCGGAAGGGAUGGAGUGAAUGAAGUGGCUACUUUACCGGGUAAGCCUUCCACUUUAGGCCACAUCAAUUUAUCAACGCCCCCACUACCCCAUCCAUCAAUCCAAUGGAAGAGGAGCAUCGUUAAGCAAAUGGUGGUCUAUUCUCAGUACAGCAGUGCCACUGGUGUGGUACUGCAGAUUGUAUCAGGCACACCAGGAAAGUGCUAUCUACCAUCUUCUGCAUACACAAGUUCACAGACGCACAUGACUUCCUUCCUUGUAUCGGUAGUACACCAUCCAUCUUGCACAAAGAGCAUGGUCAGUCUUACUCCCUUGAUUUUCGGCCAUGGAUGGCUCUGGUAUCAUCAAGAUUCAAACUCCUGAUCCCUUACCCAUAGGCCUGGUGCUUUUAGUAAUGAGGAUUUAAAGACUCUGGACACUUACUGGUCACUUUACUGCCCAAGGCUACCUUGUUGAUUCAUCUUGUAAGUGUGCAGUUGGAGAGCAAAGCUCAUGUCUUUUCUGAGCACAACACUGCAGUUGGCUGCAUUUCUGGUUCACCAAUGUGGUGAAGAAUGGCAUGGCAGGAAGAGACACUGCUAUAUCUGGUACAUUCGUGUCAGAGCUCUGGGGUCACUGCUGAAAAUGAUCCACCACCCAAAUAGUCCUAUGUUGGUCCCUUUCAGUGAUGGGCAGGUAUGGAGGGCUGACUACUAUCAGUAAUUGUACGCCUACAAAGUGACCUAUAUGGUAGAUCUACAAGUUAUAAUAGCCAAUAAGUGCAGGUAGCUGUACCCAAUGAAGUGGCACCAUGUGUGUGAUGUUCGUACGUUUCAUUUUGUUUUACAGUUCUUCAUUGCACAGUCAAGAAAAAAACUAUCAUAAUAUCCAGAUAUUUGGUUUCCAAGCAUGACAGUUUGAAUUAUUGAGGUGUAUUUUACCUCAAAGUUGUUAUGUUGGAUAUAUGGAAGAAAGGUAGAACUAAAUUAGUAGUUUGCGUUACAUUCAGCUUAAAGAAAAUGAUGUGAUAGAAAUUUCCUGAUACUUGCAUUUUACAUUUCUGCUGUUCUAGUCAUCGAGGUUCCUCUGGGUUCUUCAGUUUCUUCCCACCUCCCCAAAAAGUAAGUUCCAGUAGGGGAAUUGGCUACACUGAAUUGCCCUUAAGUGUGAUUGUGUAAGUGUGUGCAUGGUUUUUGGAGAUGGACUGGCACCCCGUCCAUGCCAAGUGUUCUUGGUGUAGGCAUUAGAUCCACUACAAACCUGACCAAGAUGAAGCAGUUACUGAAGAUCAGUAAAUGAAAGGUCACUGAGAUGAGACUCUCUCCAACCAAAGAUGGGUUAAAUUACCAUUCAGCAGGUUUUGGUUAUAAGUCUUGAAACUUGCUAAAAGUAUAUACGUUGUUAGUUUCAAUGAAUUAUCGGCAAAACCGUUCACAUGCCGAAAUUUUGACGUUUUCUACUAUGUGUAGUUCUAAAAACUAUAGGCUUUUCUGAGCUUAAAUGUUUCUCGUUUCUCAAUCACAAGUAAGGUUUAAAAGUCUGAUUGUCUCCAAGUGGAAAAGGAGAAAAACGUGUUCAAGUGCGGCGCAGGAGCAUCAACGGACAUUUCAACAGCUGGUAUCUGAUUACAAACUGAAUUGAUUAAUCUUGUACCAGUUACCCGCUUCUAUAUGGCAAUCUGCCAUAGUGACAUCCAGUGGGGUUUCCCAAACCACCACGCAUUGGCCAACUGGAACAGUAAGUACAGCCAAUAUAAUGAAAAUGUUCUUUAAUAAUAAUGUAGAAUAUGAAGUACUUUCUCAUCCUUCCUUUUAUUUCUAAUGUUUGAGAUUUGAAAACUGGUCUGAUUAAAUUUUCACUUGCAUUGCGGCUUAAAAUUUAUUCUCGAUUCGCUGCUGUGGCCUCAAUACCACCACCACCUUCUCACUGGAAACUGAAUUCCUUGUUUUGAAUGGAAUCUACUUGCUUUCGAAAGAAUCUCAUAAGCAGUGUUAUAUUGACAUUAAUCGUAAUAGAAGGACUUGUGAUUUUUCAGAUGCUGACUGAUUGUAAUGUAAUGUACUGAUUAUAAACAUUCAGCAUCUUGGAUAUUGUAAUAUGACUGAUUUUAUUAGCCAGCACACUUUUUUUUCCUUCGAUGUUCAUGUGCACCAGAACUAGUGAUUUCCGUUCAGACUGACUGACUUUCUCCACACUUGUAAAAAAAAAAAAGCAAAUGUAGGAAACAUUGCUUAUAUUUCUGCUGAUAUGGCUUCUUUUUUAGUUUUAAAAUUUUAUCAUUUAUGCAUUUUAGGGCAUGCAUUAUGGAGUGUUUUUCUCACCGUUCCUGUUCGUGCCUCUCUCCGUUUGCAUAAAGAAGCCGUGUAAACUAAACUACAGAGCUAAACUGAUUUUCAAAAUCCAUCCUUAUGAAAAUGACUGACUGACUGACUGACUGACUAUCGAUAACGGUACUGACGAUUAGUUUUGUGACCAAACGCAGUACAGUAUCAAUUUAUAGUGCGCGCUUUAUACUGCGCUUUUAACUGCAAGUUCCCCUUCACAAGAAACGUUAGAUGGUAAUGUUAGCUAAAAGUAUGUACACGUUAGAAUGAUUAAUAGUGUUUACUUAGUGAAAACGUAGUGGAAAUGAAGCCAUUUUUGCGAUUGUUGUCAUUCCAUUCUAAUAAAGAAAUGAAAAAUCAAA